UGAGUUUGUCUCUCCAAACCUGGCAAUGGCGAAAGGGGGUUUCUCAUUUUCUAGGCCCGAAAGUUAGGGUUAGUUCUCUAUCCAAAUUGGGUUCUCGCAAUGGCUCAAGAGGUCCAACCCUCCAUGGCCAUCUUUCCAUCAUGUUCUGAUGAACCAUUAGAAGAAACCUGGUGCGGAAAUAUACAGUCCAUUUUGAGUAUCUCAGUAAUUGGGGCCUACUUUUUGUCUCUCUCUUCGGGUGACCUAAGAUGCCUGGCCCCGCUGGUCAUGUUGCCAGGCUUCUCGUUGUUUGGCAACCGACCAGUAAAUUGCCCUCCAUUAUGGUGCAAACACUGCUCAAUUUCUUCACAUUGAAGGUGGGUGUUUUAUAGACCUUCUGGUCAUCUCGAAUUUCUGAUUUUACCUCUGAAUUUAUAUGCUGAAAAACUCACAUGAAUGAUCAGUUCUCAAAGAAAACCAUAACCUGUAUCUCUAAAGGCUCGCCUCUUUGUUGGGUUCAUCUUCUUUUUGCAAUCAUGGUGGUUAGUGUUCUUCAUUUGGGGAUAACGAAAUUGGAAGAUCAAUCGAGAGCUACACAAAUUCUCUUUGGAAAUCUGGCUGUGAAUUCCAUCCUGAUUUUCACUCUUAUGAUUCUGGGGAUACCCAACGGCUUAGCUGAUCCAGCCUCUGUUGUCGAGUAUUUUCAACACAAAUUUCCAGGAAACAGUUUACAGCGUCACAGUUCAUCAGAAUGUGUGUACAGUCGAUGAGCUCAUAACCGAGCUUGCGAAGGUUCGGAAUGAUAUCACUUGGUUGCAGGCUCGUUUCGACGUGGCCAUGCUCUCAGAAGAGAGAUAAAUUCUUCUGCAUUAUUGUGGCGAAGAUAGUACAGGUGCAGGUCUAAUGGAGUUAUCAUCUGGAAAUUUAAUUUGGGUCAUACAAGGAAUGGGUUUUAUGCUUCAUGGAAGGAAUUAGUGAGGAAGGUGAAGGAAGUUUGGUCUCGGGUUCUUGUUCAAUUGAGUUUCACCCAAGAGGAAUGACGCGGCCAUGCUCUCGGAAGAGAGAGAUUCUUCUGCUAUGUUAUGGAGAAGUUGGUACUGGUGCAGGUCUAAUGGAGUUAUCAUCUGAAAAUUUGGGUCAUAUAAGGAAUGGGUUUUUUGCUUCAUGGAAGGAAUCAGUGAGGAAGGUGAAGGAAGUUUGGGAUUGGGUUCUAGCAGUGGCCAUUAAUUCUAAAUCUGAUUGCAGAGGUCAUCAAUAUGAUUGCAGUGGCCAUUAAUUCUAAAUCUGAUUGCAGAGGUUAUCAAUAUGAUUGCAGAGGCCAUUAAUUCUCAAUUUGAUAGUAUCUCAAUUGAUAUCUUAGGUUUGUUGUAUGCUUGGUUGUACAUAAGCCUAAAUGUGGACUCCGAGAAAGGAGCAGUGGUUUAAUUGGAAUCUAUCCAGCGCAGACAUACUAGACAAACAGAACAGACAGUCAAACUUGGCAUCAGGAUAAUUAUAUAUGAUACAGAGGUAUGAUUCAUGUCAGCGAUAUCUGUCUUUAUUUGAAUUUUCAAAUGUUUGAACUUUGAAUACUGAAAUUCUGUUUAUAUUGGGUUAGUACUAAAAUUCAGUUUUUUUUGUCAAUAUAAAAUCCUUAUUUUCCGGCUGAAACGUAACCCCAAGAUUCUUCACACUACUAAAAAAGAAGUUGGGUCGAGAUAAAUCCCGGACCACUGGGCCUCUAUCCCACCUAAAUUAGAGGAAUAGAUAAGUUUUCCUUAUCUUCCGAGCAUUUAUAAUCUUAUCGAAAUUCACUACCUCAAGGCAAUCUAAGUCUUGUUCCUGUAUUUUGAAAAGAGAUAAAAAAAUCCUUUUUUUCCCGUUGAAACGGUAAUCCCAAGAUUCUUUACACUUUUCUAAAAAAAAAGUAGUUGGCAAAAGAUAAAUCCCGGAUCAAGAGGCAGCUAUCCCACCUAAAUUAAAGGAAUACACAGGAGAAAGGAUAAGCUUUCCAGCUUUAUAAUCUUAUCGAAAUUCACUGCAUCAAGGCAAUCUAAGUCUUGUUCCUGUAUUUGAAAAGAGAUAAAAAAGAGCCUCCCCUUUUCAUCUUCUCAUCCUCUCUUUUUCAAUCCUAUAUAAGCCCACUGUUUUGUUCUUGUUUUAUAUAUCAAAUAGCCUUUUUAACUACUCAUCCUUUCUUUUCAAUCCUAUAUAAACCCACUGUUUUGUUCUUGUUUCAUAUAUCAAAUAGCUUGCAAGCCAUGGCCAUGGCCACGGCCACGGCCACAUCUAUGUUUCUUCCUUUGUUGGGUUGCCUCUUUGUAUUUUUUCAUGGCUUUGCUGGGGCCUCCCAUCUCUUCUAUGAAGAGCUCAACACAGUGGAACCCACCUCUGUGAGCGAACAGUAUAGAACAGCUUAUCACUUUCAGCCUCCAAAGAACUGGAUGAAUGAUCCCAAUGGUCCCAUGUACUACAAUGGACUGUACCACUUGUUCUACCAAUACAAUCCCUAUGGUGCAGUAUGGGGAAACAUAGUUUGGGCUCAUUCAGUCUCGACCGACCUUGUCAAUUGGCAGCCUCUCGAGCACGCUAUUUACCCUACGGCUCCCUUUGACAUAAAGGGCUGUUGGUCUGGUUCAGCCACUAUUCUCCCUAACAAUAAACCAAUUAUUCUCUACACAGGCAUAGACACACAAGGUCGCCAAGUCCAAAACUUAGCCAUGCCCAAGAACCUGUCGGACCCACUUUUGAGAGAGUGGGUCAAGCCGGCUCAGCAUAACCCCACUAUGGUCCCGAAUGGGCUCAAUGCUAGCUCCUUUAGAGACCCAACUACGGCUUGGCUUGGGAAAGAUGGGCAUUGGAGGGUGCUUGUUGGUAACAAGAGGCAUAAAAGGGGCAUGGCCUUGCUGUACAGAAGCAGCAGGGACUUUGUGUGGUGGGUAAAGGCUAAGCACCCUCUUCACUCGUCCAAGGACACCGGCAUGUGGGAGUGCCCUGAUUUCUUCCCAGUUUUAAAGAAAGGCCAAUUGGGUAUUGAUACCUCAGUUAACGGUCCUCACGUCAAGCAUGUGUUGAAGGUGAGCUUGGAUGAUUUGAAGCACGAGUACUAUACAGUGGGUACCUACUUUCCUAAUAAGGAUCGCUACAUGCCUGAUAACACAUCUGCUGAUGACGGGACUGGUCUCCGUUACGAUUAUGGAAAGUUUUAUGCAUCAAAGACCUUCUUUGAUGGGCUCCAAAAUAGGAGGAUUUUGUGGGGUUGGAUGAAUGAGUCUGAUAGCGUCAACGAUGAUGUUGCCAAAGGCUGGUCUGGUGUUCAGGCCAUUCCAAGGACCCUUUGGCUAGAUAAAAGCGGCAAGCAAUUAGUGCAAUGGCCGGUUGUGGAGAUUGAGAGCUUGCGUGGUAAGAAAGUCGAUAUCGUCGACAAAGUCCUAGCCAGUGGCUCAGUGGUGGAGGUUCCUAAUGUCACAGCUGCUCAGGUUGAUGUAGAAGUGACCUUUGAGCUUCCUAGCCUUGACCAAGCCGACCGUCUUGACUCAGCGAGCUUGACCUAUCCUCAGCUCCUUUGUAGCAAGCUGGGCCACUCUAACACUAAGCAAGAGGGAGGUGGUAUUGGACCCUUUGGGUUGCUUGUGUUGGCCUCUAAGGACUACGAAGAGCGAACUGCUGUCUUUUUCCGAAUCUUCAAAAAGGCAGAAAACCAACAUGUGGUUCUCAUGUGCAGCGAUCAAAGCCGGUCGUCUCUACAAGAAGAUGUGGACAAGACUACAUAUGGUGGCCUCGUGGAUGUGGACUUGGCUCAUGGGUCCAAGCCCACGUUAUCUCUCCGGACUCUGGUUGAUCGUUCGAUCGUGGAGAGCUUCGGAGAAGGUGGGAAAACGUGCAUAACUUCUAGGGUUUAUCCGGUGAAGGCGGUGGGAGAGAAUGCCCACCUCUAUGCCUUUAAUUACGCAUCGGCCCCCAUCACCAUUUCCAAGCUUAGCGCAUGGGCCAUGAGCAAAGCCAAGAUCAAUUAAUUAUUUUACCUUGGAGAUUAUAUAUUGAGACAAUUUAUUUUUAGUAUACGGAGGUUCCAAUUUUUUGGAGCCAUUGGAUGGAUGUGAAAUCCGAUAAAUAAAAGUGUUUGUCAUUAAUAACGUUUA